AUACUCUUCCCGCUUCUUUUCAAUAUUGACAGCUCUUCCGCCAGACAAGAGGCUCGCUCGAAAAAUGGAUUUUCACCAAAGCGCUCGCCGGCUGAACAUCUUGGAUCUCCCAGAGGAAAUCCUCUUUGCCAUCUUUGGCAUCUUGGACUGCCCGGACGACCCCGAAGCUCCAUGGCCGGGAAGCCCCUAUUGGAUGCGCCAUGACAUUGGACGCCUAAAGACGAUGCAGGCCCUACGCUUAGUAUGUAGGAGGUUUUGCAGGCACGCCUCACACCUGCUCGUCCCUGAGCUGCGCGUGAGCAUCAGCCCGGAAUCGCUCUACCGUGUCGACCAACUCACCCGAAACCCCCAGAUCGCCGCCGGUGUGCGGAGCCUCCUUGUUUCUCUUGCCUAUCGUCCCGCUGAGGUAGCCGAUACCCCAUCUCGAUACAAAGAGUUGCAAAAAGAGGCUCUUCAGAACCGUAUACGGUCAUUAUCCGAAGUUGAAGACGAUGCUUUCCUCGAAGCUUUCAACCAGGGCUCAGAGUCGGGUGACUCGCUUGAAGUAGAUAAGGCCGAACGCUCCAACUUGUCCAAGGCGUUUGCUAGAUUCACCGAAAUCUCUAGGGCAUGGAGUGGUUGGGAGGAGAAGGAGAGACACGACGAAUUUCAGAAUCUCCUCUCGCAGUCUUACCAAGAGUAUCUACGCAAACACAAGGAACAAAAGCAGCUGCUGGGAAGCGGAUCGUUUGUCGCCGCACUCGCUGAGUCGGUCAGUCGGGUUCCGUCUCUUUCGACCCUCGCAUUGGUGGACAAUCCGGAAAUGGACCCUGGGCUUCUUGGCUUCAGAGCAAACCUGCCCCUCCUUGCAGACUACAGCCCCGAAGCCCUCCGGCAGUGGCUAACCUCAGCACACACAUGGUACACCAUUGAGAACACGCUAGGGGAUAUCCCCCCUGAGCAGCCUUUUGACAUCUUCACAGUUGAGCUGCUCUGGCAACUUCCCAUGGCCCUUCACGCAGUUGGAGUGCACAUCACGCACUUCUCCGCCCUCCUUCCCAAAAUGAGCAACUUUGCCAAGCUGUGUCCGCAGACGCAUCAAUACGGUAACCGUGAUCCCUCCUCAACCGACUGGUCAACCCUCGCCGCCGCCUUUCAGAGUCUCCGCUCAUCGCACAUCUCGACCCGAUGGGAUCCUAGUAUCGACUUACCCUCCUCCAAACACAUGUCGCCCCAGAACCAAGCAUACCGCAACGGCUACCUCUCAGCUGUCCUAUCUAGUCCGGCGUUGGAAGACGUCAAGGUCAAUUUUAAAGGCCUAACGUUUAUGGUUAGACAUCAGAUGUUCAUCCCUGCUGGCUCAGUGUUUUCAACCACCUGCUUCCCGCGCAUCAGGAGACUUUCUCUUGACGGUAUUGCCUUCACGGAAGAGGAGCUUCUUAGGUUCUUUGACGGGAUAGGACACAGAAUCGAGACAGUGCAUCUUCAUCGCAUUGGCGUGUCCAAUGGCGGCGGCUGGACGCGACCCUUGAACAUCUUGCGGGACAAGGUUAGUGGGAGGGAAACGAGCAUGUCCAUCUGGUCCGCAUGA